AUGAUCUUACUUGCACUUCCACAACUUAUAUUGAACUAUAUAGAAUAUCUACCAAGUGAAGGAAAUUGUCAGCUUUUUUACAAGAAUAAAGAUAAAACUGUAAAUAUAACAACAAAAAAUACAACGCAUACCAUCGAUAUAUCGAAAUUCGAUCGUGGUUUUGUUGCAACAGCAGUUUGUGCUGCUUGUUUUAUUCAUUAUAAACCUAUUGAUAAUCAAGUCGCUUUAUAUUUCAAUCAUUCUUGGUGGUAUAAUCAAAAUAUAUACGGAGAUUCAUCAACAAUUGAUUUAUCAUUAAGAUUUAUAUAUAAUGAAAAUUAUAAUACAAUACAUAAUACAAAUAAUCAUACGGAAUCUGUUUUACUUGCAUCUUUUAUUUUUACACCAGAUUCAACAUUAUGGUCAUCAUCAACAAUCGAUCAAAUAACUAAUGAAACUCUAUUGAAUCUUGAACAAAUUCAUUCACUAUCAGAUAUUCAACAAUUUUAUCUACGAACUGUUGUUAAACAUUGA